AUUGAACGUCGAAACUCUUCUCUCCUAAACGGCGAACAGCCAAAACGAAGAAAACCAACCGAUAACUCCCCUCUUCUUCUUCUCCUCCUCCUCCUCUUAUAAGCAGAGGAGGAAGAUGAGCUGAGAAGAAACCUGCAACAAAUCCAUGGAUACAGGAGAAGAAGAUGACAGGGUAAAGGGAUCUUGGAGCCCGGAAGAAGACGCUUUGCUGAUGUCGUUAGUUAGCACACAUGGAGCCAGAAACUGGUCGCAGAUCAGUGCCGGAAUACAGGGGAGAUCCGGGAAAUCUUGCCGGCUACGAUGGUGCAAUCAAUUGAGCCCGGACGUCCACCACCGCCCUUUUACGACCCAAGAAGAUCGGAUAAUCGUUGAAGCCCAUGCCAAACAUGGAAACAAAUGGGCGACGAUCGCCCGACUUCUUCCGGGCCGGACGGAUAACUCUAUAAAGAAUCAUUGGAAUUCGACUCUCCGGCGGCGGCGCAGGGCGGAGGGCGGCGCGAGCUUGAAAGUCCCCGAGCGGUCCAGCCCUGACUCGGAAUCGGGAGGAAAGAAACAGUGUAGGAGGGCUGAUUUGAAUUUGAAUUUGGCGGAGCCGAUGACGCCGGAGGUGGGGGAUCCUGUUACGAUGCUGACGUUGAGUCUUCCGGGAGAGAUCCCGGCGGUGGCGGCAGCCUCAGCAGAACGCGGUAGAUGUCCGGGGAAGGCGUUGUUGGGGAGCCCGCACUUCAUGUCUGCGAUGAGGAAGAUGAUUGAGGAGGAGGUUCAGCGGUAUAUGAGCGGCCUUCGGCUGGACUGCGGCGGUGGCGGCGGUGGCGGCGGUUGGCGGCGAUGGAGUUUACAGUGCGCGGAAGUCGGAGAAUCCACCCAAGGAUUAAUUCUUUCGUUUUGAUAAGUUUUGGAUAUUUUUGCAAUUACUUUUUCGAUCCUCUUCUUCUUCGAAUUGGAAAUAGGAGAAAUAAUGGGUAGGAAAAUGUAAAUAAUCAGGAAAAAAUAUUUUUAGCAUAUAUGUGUAUUAUUUGCAUCAAAUAAAUUUCUU